AUGAAAAUUAUUAAUAUUUUAAUAAUUAUUAUCUUGAAUGCGAUAUUUUGGAGUUUAAUUAAUUCUGUUAAAAAUAAUAAAGAGAAAAAGGAGUUGACUAGAGUUGAGGAGACUUCAAAGAAUUCUACCCCAUUUAACGAUGGGGUAGAAUCAUCGGCGGAUCCUCAAAUUAAAGAAUAUGAAAAAACGGUAAAACCGAAAUCCAAAAUUGCAAAGGGCACAACUAUAGGUAUCGAAGGAAAAAAGUUUAAGAAAAAUGAGAAUAUAAAAGAUUACUUUCAAAAUAAAAAGGAAAAAAAGCGAGAAUAUGAUCGAGAAUACUACCAAAAUAAUAAAGAAAAGAGGAAAGAAACUGAACGAAAAUACUACCAAAAAAAUAGAGAAAAGAAGCGAGAAAGGAACCAAAAAUACUACCAAAAUAACAAAGAAAAGAAGCGAGAAAGGCAACGAAAAUACCGAGAAAGAAGGAAAAAUAAAAAGGCAGAUUUACAAAAUGAUCAUUCUGAUAAUGGGGAAACUUCUUUUGUUAAUACACAGAAUGUCGAUUUUGGAAAUAAAGGUAAAUUGCCAAUCGUUUAUGAAGAGAACAUUCGGUCUGAAGAAGAAAAUCAUUUUAACCAAGAGGAGGAAGAAUGUAACAAAGACGAAACUGAAAACUAUGUGGAAGAGCAGAAUCAAUCUGUGGUAGAAGAGGCAAAGAUGAAUCAGAUAGAUUUGAAUGAGAAAUAUUAUCAGUUUGAUCUGAACGAGGAACCUGAGGACAUAGAUGAAGAUGUUUGCUAA